UAUGCCAUCCCGUACUUGAUUGGCGUCACGGCGGUUCUAUUCUCUCCAUUCUUUCUAUUUAAUACUUUCUUUCUUCCUACAUUGGCUAAUAUUGUUUCCUAAUGCUGGUUUGUGUGCAAGGCCCCCCAUUUUGUGAGGCUGUGUUAGUGUUUGUGUGAAGGCUUGUUGCAUCUCCGAUCCGAUCUUCCUAAUGUUGGGGCCGAAAUACCUCAGGGUUUGUACACGUUCCAUCUCCGACCCGACAAGUAGAAAAUAAAUACCUAACUCAGGGAACCAUCAUAACGCUGUCAACACGAAGCAUCAAAAGUAUUAUUGCAUAUCAAAAUGUCUAAAUCACAUUUUACUAUCAUUUUCCCCGUCCUUUGUCUUAUUCAUUCCGUAUCUUCAUUUACUCCCUGCCCACUCUUAGGGCCAGCAUUCCCAGCAUUCACGCUCGACAAGAACUCGACAACAUUGACAUCUGCCCUGGCAAACCUCACCGGGCAGUUCGAUGAACUAUAUAUCCAGGGGUCUGGUUCUCACGGAGAAGUCUAUCCCAAUACCACAUCGUUCAGUGUAUCGCUUUUCUCCACCAAUCAGGGAAGUGCCAGUGCAGAUCCAUUCUUCUUCGAUUAUCAUUACACUGCUCCUUCACUGCGCAACUCAUCCAGCCGGAUUCAACAUGUGAAUCAGGACAGCAUCUACCGCAUCGGUGGACUUACCCAGAUCUUCACCAUCUGGACUAUUCUUGUUGAGGCCGGGGAUACCAUCUGGAAUGAUCCUGUGACGAAAUAUCUUCCUGAACUAGCCGAAACUACAGAGAGUGCGAAUGUAACGCAGGAUCCUAUUCAAUAUGUGGACUGGAAGGAUAUCACUGUGGGCCAACUAGCCAGCCAUAUGUCAGGCCUGCCUAGGGACUUUGCUCCUCCUGGGGUAACCCCCAUAUACUCCAACGUUGCAUUCCAGAUUCUAGGCUACAUCAUAGAAAAAGUCACGGGCCAACCAUUCAACGAUGUUCUCAAAAGUCGCAUCCUCCACCCACUCGCCCUCACUAACACCAGCCUGCACACCCCUUCAAGGAACUCAGCCGGUAUCAUCCCAACAGACCCCAAAACUAGUGGUUGGUCCACUCAAUAUGCAGGAGACGCACCGGCCCUCGCGAUGUACUCAACAAUCACCGAUCUCUCCACCGCUGGAAAGGCAAUCCUCAACUCAACCCUCCUAACCGAGGCUCAAUCAAACCGCUGGCUGAAGCCGGUCACCCACACGUCCAACCCAGCCAACUCCCUCGGCUACCCCUGGAUCAUCUACAGCAGCGGAGAUUACCCCGACACCUCUAUGAUCGACAUCUAUACGUAUUAUAGCAGCAUUGGACAGUACAGCUCCUACAUAGGUCUCGUGCCAGACUAUAACGUCGGGUUCGCCGUUCUUGCAACCGACAGCGUCACCGCGCCAGACCUGAAUGCGCACGCUGAUAUCAUCGGCGAUGUUAUCUUGCCUGCGUUGAUGAAGACAGCGGUUAAGCAGGCCGGGGCUCGGUUUGGUGGCGAGUAUACAGCUUCUUCUGGGCUUAAUUCCUCGAUUAUUGUCUCUGUUGAUAAGUUGCCUGGUAUGUUCGUCGACAGGUUCGUCAGUAAUGGGACAGAUUUCAGGGAGACCCUGGCUUCGUUGAUUGGAGUUAAGGACCCGGAGGCGUUGAGUAUCAGGUUGUAUCCAACCGGCCUGGUUUCGAGCACGGAAUCAGGUGGCUCCAGGGUGGCGUUCAGGGCUGUUUUGCAGGAUAAGAAUGAGCUUGCUGAUGCUGGGACGCCGACUUGUGUUUCGUGGAUGGAUGUGGAUAAGCUAAGGUACCAGGGUCGUGCGCUGGAUUUAUUUGUUUUUGAGGUAGACGGUGGUGGAAACGCUGUUGGAGUCGAGAUUCCUGGCUUGGUGCUGCAGUUGAACAGGGAGAAGUAG